AUGGAAGCGUUAUCUGAUCACGCACACUUUCGAAUUUCCCAAAACUCUCCCACCAUAAACUUUCAAUCCUUUCCUUCGAGGACUUCAAGAACAUCAACCUACCGACAAAACAACCAUCUGUCGAUAUUCAAAAUGUCUAACGCAGAACUCGCCAGCUCUUACGCCGCGUUGAUCCUCGCCGAUGACGGUGUCGACAUCACUGCCGACAAAUUGCAAACUCUCAUCAAGGCCGCCGGUAUUGAGGACGUUGAGCCAAUCUGGACCUCUUUGUUCGCCAAGGCUCUCGAGGGAAAGGAUGUUAAGGACCUUUUGUUGAACGUCGGAUCCGGUGGUGGAGCCGCUCCAGCUGCUGCUGGUGCCGCUGCCAGCGGUGACGCCUCUGCCCCAGCUGAGGAGAAGAAGGAAGAGAAAGAAGAGGCCAAGGAGGAGUCAGACGAGGAUAUGGGUUUCGGUCUCUUCGAUUAA